AAGAGUUCCAACAUAAUCAUAAUAAUAUUUCUUCGUCUCAUCUCACAAACCCCACUCAAGAGAUAGAGCUUGAAAUCUAGAGAGCAAAUCAACCAUGGCUUGCUCUUGGCCACCCACCACAAUGCUUCUGCUCAUUUUCCUUUUUCCAGCAUUGGUUGAGUCUGCUGUUCGUCAUUAUAAUUUCACAGUGGUGAUGAAGAACACAACCAAGCUAUGUUCAAGUAAGUCUAUAGUCACCAUCAAUGGAAAGUUUCCAGGGCCAACUCUUUUUGCGAGGGAAGACGAUAAUGUCAAUGUUAAGGUCGUCAACAACGUUCGAUACAAUGUCACCAUUCACUGGCAUGGGGUGAGGCAGCUACGGACGGGCUGGUCAGAUGGGCCUGCGUAUAUUACACAAUGCCCAAUACAGCCUGGGCAAAGUUAUGUCUACAAUUUCACACUUACAGGCCAGAGAGGUACUCUUCUUUGGCACGCACAUAUUUCUUGGCUAAGGGCAACAAUACAUGGUGCUAUUGUCAUCUGGCCGAAGAAAGGUGUUCCUUACCCAUUUCCAAAACCUCACAAGGAAAAACUCAUCAUAUUAAGUGAAUGGUGGAAAGCAGAUACUGAAGCAGUGAUCAAUCAGGCUAUGCAAACUGGUUUGCCACCCAAUAUAUCAGAUUCUCACACUAUUAAUGGCCAUCCAGGACCAGUUCCUGGUUGUAUUUCUCAGGGGUACACCUUACAUGUUGAACCUGGCAAGACGUACCUGAUACGCCUUGUGAAUGCAGCAGUAAACGAUGAGCUAUUCUUCAAAAUUGCAACCCAUAAUCUUACAAUUGUUGAAGUUGAUGCAUCUUACACAAAACACUUCACCACAGAUUCAAUAUUCCUAGGUCCAGGCCAGACCACAAAUGCACUAUUAACCACAGACCAGACCACUGGCAAGUACUUAAUAGCUGUUUCUCCUUUCAUGGACACCGUAGUAGCAGUUGAUAACCUUACAGCAAUCGCUUUCUUGCGAUACAAGGAUACCGUGGCAUUUUCCCCACCUGUCCUGACAACCACUCCUGCCAUAAACGCAACAGCAGCAACAUUAAAAUUUAUGGACAAUCUUCGAAGCCUAAACUCGAAGAAGUACCCUGCCAACGUCCCAUUGACAGUAGAUCAUUCACUGUACUUCACUAUUGGAGUAGGAAUCAACCCUUGCCCAACCUGUGUUAAUGGCAGCAGGUCUGCGGGAGAUAUUAACAAUGUUAGCUUUGUGAUGCCAAGUACAGCUCUUCUCCAAGCACAUUACCAUAACAUUAGUGGAAUUUUCACAGAUGAUUUUCCAGGGAAUCCACCAAUCCCUUUUAACUAUACUGGCAAUUUUACUGGUGGGAUUGCAACUUCAAAUGGAACUAGGCUUUAUAGGCUGGCUUUUAAUACUACAGUUCAGGUUGUAUUACAAGGAACGGGAAUUAUAGCACCUGAAAGCCAUCCAGUUCAUUUGCAUGGGUUUAAUUUCUUUGCUAUUGCCAAAGGUGUAGGGAAUUUCGAUCCAAAGAAUGAUCCAAAGAAAUUUAAUCUGGUUGAUCCUGUGGAAAGGAACACUUUUAGUGUUCCUACUGGAGGAUGGACUGCAAUCAGAUUCAGGGCAGACAAUCCAGGUGUUUGGUUUCUGCAUUGCCAUUUGGAAGUACACACCUCAUGGGGACUAAAGAUGGCAUUUGUGGUGGAUAAUGGUAAAGGUCCAAACGAGUCACUCCCACCACCUCCAAGUGACCUUCCAAAGUGCUAGAAAUAAAUGAAGCUGCUUCGAAACAAAGCAUAUAAGACUAGGCAUAUUGAUGAGAGGGAUAGUAGAGGCUGAAAUUCACAAAACAAUAUUUAAAAAAGCUAAUAAACAGCAGAGAAAAUUUAGUUUUUUUUUUUUUAAUUUAAGAAGGUGCUCGAAAUGAGUGAAUAAAAUUGCAGAAGAUAGUCAUGUUUUACCAUUUUAAAUUUCCUUUCUCGAGUGGAAAUUGUUUGAUACUCAGAGUAGUGCACUUGAGGGAUAUACUUACUUGUAUGCUUGUAAUGGUUUCUUUCUUUCUUUUCAAUUGUAAAGUGUGAAAAAAUCAUUAGCAUUAAUAA